GGGGCUGUGGGGUCAGGAGCGAGGGGGCUCUGAAGCGGCCCUGGCGCUGUCUGCUCUUUAACGAGCGCUGCGUGUCCCCUGCUGCCUUUAGGGAGGUGGCAGCCGUACGGUUCUCUGGUGUAGGCGUGGGGGUGGGCGUUGGAAGGCUGCUGAAUCGCUGCGUCCAAAAUAGUGGGAAGCCGGGCAAUAAAUAAUUGUUGAAUUGCCAAGACACUUGCUGCCGUGGUGCGUGAGUAACAGCCCAGCGAGCUACUGUAACGCCCAAUAAAAGCCGCGAAGUCACCAACUGUCAUAGUCACCAACCGUUAGGCUGUGGAAUGUCUCUGAGGUCUGUCCCAUGUUAAGCUACCCUGGGUUAUCUCCACAAUUCCAACUGUUUGUUAGGUCCUGUGGAGAUAACUGCAGCUUGGAUUAAUCUUGCAAGGAGCUUUUAUUCCAACUGGACACUAAAUGCAAAAUGUGACAAAGCGGAUAUGGAACAAUGUGGCUGUUCUUAUUAAAUAGUGUAUGUAAACAUUUUCUAAUCAGGCACUGUGGUUUUGGCAAGGUUGUGGUACACAGAAAAGGCUUUUUCCUGGUAAACAGUUGUGUUGUGGUUUAGCACAGCAGGCAGCAUAGCAGCCCACAGCUGUGCAUUUACCCCUUCCACAAUGAGAUGGGAGGGAACAGGAAAACAGUAAAACUCAUGGGUUGAGAUAAAGGAAGGGGAAAUAAUAAAAUCAAAAUAAGAUGCACAAUGCAAUUGCUUACCACCUGUUGACUGACAUGCAGGAACAUGGUAGGCAGCAGCUUCUCCCACCUCAGCCAGCCUCCCCAGUUUUCUUGUUCAGCACUACAACACAUGGUAUGGGACAUCCCUCUGGGCAGCCAGGGCCAGUUGUCCUGGUUCUGUCCCCUCCCAGCUCCUGGAGCACCCCCAGCCUCCUCCCAGGCAGGGCAGCAACAGAAGCUGAAAAGUCCUUGACUUAGUGAUGGACCCAAUUUGGGAUGAAGAUAAAUUUUUCAGACCAUCCUACGUUACAAGUGCUGAGCUGCCUCAAAGAACAGGACCAGUAAGUGUGGAAGAUAUUAAAGCAGAUCUCUCUGAUGAAUUUUCGUUGGUUUCAUCAAGCUCUGAUACAAGCCAGAGGAGCAGUUUGGAGUCUAAAGGACACAUUGAAGUUUGCCUGCGUGUUAGGCCAUUUACAUUAUUGGAAAAAGAAAAUGAAUCACAGGACUGUUUUUUAGUGGAGGAUUCAACAAGUAUUAUACUGAAGCCCCCUAAAAAUUCCUUGAAUCGACUGAGUGAAAAAACUGCUGGGCAGCAGAUACAGAAAUUCACUUUUUCACAGGUUUUUGGACCUGAAACAACUCAAGAAGAAUUCUUUGAAGGUACAAUGAAGCAACCAGUGCAAGACUUCUUAGAAGGAUAUGAUCGUCUUAUUUUUACAUACGGUGUUACAAAUGCUGGGAAAACAUACACGUUCCUAGGAACUGAAGAUGACAUUGGUGUUCUGCCAAGGACUAUGGAUAUGCUGUUCAAAAGUAUUCAAGGAAGGCUAUACCCAGGAAUGGAUCUCAAACCCCAUCGAUGUAGAGAUUAUGUAAAGCUGACUAAAGACCAAGUGAGAGAAGAAACUGCUAUUAAAAACUCUCUACUUCGUCUAACAAAAGAGGUAGAGCAUCAAAAUACUGCCAACAGCAAAGCACCAGUUGAUUCUAAGGACUUGGAAGAACCCUUAAAAGGACCAGAACAAUCUAGCACAACAGUGGAAAAUUACUUGAAGUUCUCUGUUUGGGUAUCAUUUUUUGAGAUAUAUAAUGAAUGUUUUUAUGAUUUACUGGUUCCUAUAUCAAAUGACAAGAAAAGAAAAACACUCCGCCUGGCUCAAGAUGUCAAGGGAUGUCCUUAUGUAAAAGAUCUGCAAUGGGUUCAGAUCUCUGAUUCCAGAGAAGCUUUUAGACUUCUGAAACUGGGGCUGAAACACCAGAGUAUUGCAAGUACAAAAUUAAAUACUUCCUCCAGCAGAAGUCACAGCAUAUUCACAGUUAAGGUACUGAAAAUUGAAGAUUUUGAAACACCCCGGGUGAUACGAGUCAAUGAAUUGUCACUGUGUGAUCUUGCUGGUUCAGAAAGAUGCACCAAGACACGUAAUGAAGGUGAUAGAUUGAAAGAGAGUGGAAAUAUAAAUACCUCUCUCCUGAUUCUAGGCAAGUGUAUUAAUGCACUCAAGAACUGUCAACAGUCAAAGCUGCAGCAGCACAUACCAUUUCGGGAAAGUAAGUUAACUCAUUUUCUUCAAGGAUUCUUCAGUGGAAGAGGGAAAGUAUACAUGAUAGUAAACAUAAGCCAGUGUGCUUCAGCAUAUGAUGAAACACUCAAUGUGCUGAAAUUCUCGGCCAUUGCACAAAAAGACAAGACUGUAACUAGCAUUAAAAGAAAAAUGGCAGAGGAGAGCUCUAACAAAGUAGCUGAAAGCAGUCAGGUAAAGGAAUCUGAGGAAACUGUAUUGGAAGCGGGAAGAAAGCGUUCAUUAGGAAAUGAACCUACUGUGGAAGAAGAGCCACCUACAAAGAAAGGUACAAUUUCUACCGUCACAGGACAAGGUGUCUUUCAAAAAAACUUGAUUCCUAUUCCAGAGCAGAAGCCAAAAGUUGCAAAGCGUAAACUUUGUGGUAUGAGGAGAAAAUCUGUGCUAAAAUGUAAAUGGAAGUAACUGUUAUGUCAAUGCUUGUUUGCAGAAGGUCUUAUACUGUUCACUCUUAAAAGCUUAAAAUACAAGUUAGUUUUUUAGA